UGAACAUUCAGCGAGAGGGGCUGAGGACCAGUACCACUGCGCCACCGCUGACACUGCGCUAGUUGGAAAAUAUUUAUUAAGAUUUGAGAAAAAAACACCAGACUUCGUCCGUCCGAGCACACCAGUCCAUUCUUCGAGGAGAAUACGUCUGGAAGAGAUUGCAAUGCUUCAAACAAGGGACCUCAUCUGGGCUCUGCUCUUCUUUGGCUAUGCAGCCUCGCUGCAGGUGCAGAUCAUGCCCAAUCAGGGGGAAAUCAGUGUGGGGGAGUCCAAGUUCUUCAUGUGCGAAGUGGUGGGCGAUGCCAAGGAGAUCUCGUGGUUUGGACCGCGGGGCGACAAGAUCCUGGCGGGCCGGCCGGACAUCACCGUGACCAUGAUGGACGAGUCGGCCUCCACGCUCACCAUCUACAACGCCAACGUGGACAACGCCGGCAUCUACAAGUGCAUCGCCUCGGCCGACGGGGAACAGGACGCAGAGGCCAGCGUCAACGUCAAGAUCUUCCAGCGCAUCACCUUUGAGAAUGUUCCGUCGCCUCAGGAGUUUAACGAGGGUGAUGACGCCACCAUCGUGUGUGACGUGGUCAGCUCGCCUCCCGCCACCAUCAUCUGGAAGUACCGCAACAAGGCCAUUCAGAUGGAGAAGGAUGUUCGCUUCAAGUUGCUGGCAAACAACCACCUGUCCAUCCGGGGCAUCAAGAAGACGGAUGAGGGCAUGUACACGUGUGAGGCUCGCAUCAUGGCUCGCGGGGAGGUCGACCUCAAGCUCAUCCAGGUGGUCAUUAAUGUCCUGCCCAGUAUCCGUACUCGUCAGUCGGAGUUGAAUGCCACGGCGGACAUCGGCAAGUCUGCGACGCUGGCGUGUGAUGCUGACGGCUUCCCUGAGCCCACUGUCACCUGGGCGCGUGAUGGCGUGCUGCUGGAGGAGAGUGAGAAGUACUCGUUCCAGGACGAGGGCUCGGAGCUGGUCAUCAACGACGUGAAGAAGGUGGACGAGGGCGACUACAGCUGCAUCGCCACCAACAAGGCCGGCAGGAAGCAGGAGGACGUCAGCCUCAAUGUGUUUGUCCAGCCCAAGAUCACCUUCCUGGAGAACCAGUCGGCGACGGAGUUCGACCCCCAGGUCAUGCUGACGUGCGAGGCCACAGGAGACCCCACACCCUCCAUCGUCUGGAGCUUCGGACGCCGCGUCUUCGAGGAGGGAGAUCAGAGUCUGGAUGGUAAUGUGGUAGUGCGGAGUGAUGCUCGCGUCUCCUCCCUGACGCUGAAGUAUGUGCAGUUCACCGACGCCGGCCAGUACGUUUGCACUGCCAGCAACGUCAUUGGACAGGACUUAAAGAGCAUGUUCCUGGAAGUCAGUUACGCUCCUAAGAUCCAGGGCCCGGUGGCGGUGUACUCGUGGCCGGGUAACCCGGUGAACAUCACCUGUGAGGUGGUGGCCCACCCCGUGGCCUCUGUGGUCUGGUACAGCGACGGACAGCCGCUACCCUCCCCCAACAACACUCACAUCAAGAUAUUCAACACGCCUGCUGCAAGCUACCUAGAGGUGGUGCCAUCUGAGACUGACUUCGGGAGCUACAACUGCACGGCCUCAAACGGCAUGGGCAGGGAGUCCAAAGAGUUCCUGCUCAUCGAAGCAGACCUGCCGUCCAUGCCAUCCAUCGAGCGCGUGGAGCCCUACUCCAGCACCAUGGUGGUGGAGUUCGACGAGCCCGACUCCAGCGGCGGCGUGCCCGUGCUCAGGUACCGGGCCGAGUGGAGGGCCGGCGGCGCCGAGUGGAUCAGCGAGGAGUACACCGUGGACGAGAUCAGCGGGUUGAACCAGAUCACCAUCCAGGGCCUGAAGCCAGACACGGUGUACGAGCUGCGGCUGACGGCCAUCAACGGCAAGGGAGCAGGGGAGAGUAGCCCUGUGGAGACCUUCAAGACACAGACUGUCCGUGAACCCAACCCUCCCAAGCUGGAUGAGAAGGUCACGAAGAAGGGUGACUCGGUGAAGGUGUACUGGAUCAAGCAGGACGAUGGCGGAUCCCCCAUCACGCAUUACCUCGUGCGCUACAAGUCUAAGUCAGGCGAAUGGCGCCCGGAGAUCCGCAUGCCCCGCUCCAGCGAGUACGUGCUGCUGAACGGACUGGAGUGGGACACGGAGUACGAGAUCUACGUGGUGGCUCAGAACCUGCAGGGCAAGUCCGAGGCCAGUUUCAUGACCUUCCGGACCUUGCCCGAGCCCACCACUGUCCCAGGUGGUGAGGGCACGGUGGCGGAGAGCUCGGGCGGCCUGGGCACGGGGGCCAUCGUGGGCAUCCUGGUGGUGGUGUUCCUGCUGCUGCUGGCGGGCGUGGACGUCACCUGCUACUUCCUGAACCACUGCGGCCUGCUCAAGUGCAUCGAGGACAACCUGUGCGGCGGCGGCAAGGGCGGAGCCGGAGGCAAGGCCAAGGACCUGGAGGAGGGCAAGGCCGCCUUCACCAGUAAGGAUGAGUCCAAGGAGCCCAUUGUGGAGGUGAGGACAGAGGAGGAGCGCACCCCCAACCACGAAGGAGGGGGCUCCCCUGAACCCAACGAGACCACCCCCCUCACCGACCCAGAUGGGAAGACUGUGACAGCGGAGGACAAGAGCAAAGUGGAGGAGACCAAGACAGCCGACCCCAAGGCCACCUCCCCGUCGGAGGUGACCGCCAUCCCCAACGAGGCGCCGCAGGCCAAUGGGAACGAGAGCAAAGCGUGAUGAGGAUCGCCCACCUGUCACCACAGCAGCCAAUCCCAUUCCCCCAGACACCACCCUCUGACACCAACAUACACCCAACCGCCCACCCACCCAACAAACAAGACACCCCCUCUUACAGUACAACCAAACAUCUUCUAGUAGAGUAAGAUACUUCAAGCCAGUGCAUUUCCUGGAUCCAUGUGAUGUCAGGUGAACGCCCCUUUAGGAGACCUUCGGUUAGGAGACCUUUGGAGACUCAAGGUUGUGAAUGAAUGGAGUUUCCUUGGCGCUCUAGAUGGCGGUAGGGCACAUCUUAUGCAAGCCAUCACCAAAUCCCACAGAAGGAGAAGGAGUAGGGGCCAACACCCUCUUAGGAGACCAAACUUGAGCGCACUCCUUUGCAUUGGGUGCGGCAGGGUUUGAAUGAUCUUACUCUACUAGAAGAUGUUUGGGACAACCAUUUAAUGCAAUGCCAUGACGACAACCCCAAACCCCACAAUGGUUCUAAAGCUCUGCGUUCCAGAGAAAUAAAAUGAAAAAUGUAAAAAAUAGGGUUUUGAGUCUCCUGCGAGAGACUACUCUGGGAAUAGAGGAGAGUGUGUAGAUUAGUGGGACGCAUCCAACCCUGCGCACACACACACCACUGUAGUUUUUCUAUUUUAUUUUUACGUCCCUUUUUCGUGUCGCUUCGGUCAACGCGCUUACAGGCCUUCACCGAGAGUGGGCCUUCUAUUUGAUACCUUUAAGGUUUUCCUGUGGCUUUCUUCACAAACACACGCUGACACACAUGCUCUUGCAAAAGAUGUGUGUCCACCAAUGUUCACAGCAUGUGUGUGUUGAAACAUCACAAUCUCAGAAUAAGUAGAAAACUUAUGGGGACUUGUAGCUUUACACCUAGACAAUGCCUUUAUAUUGUACACAUUACACGCAAAAAAACACAAGAAUCUCAAUGCAACAGCCUGCUUCUCACGUGCGAAACUUCGUAAUUAUUUUCACUUUCCAAUGUAUUUUUGUUUGAUUGUUUUAAUUUUAAUUUGUUUUAAUUUCUGGAAGACAUUUGUAAUAUUCUUUUAUGUUCAAAUAAUGUACAAAAGUAACUGCCUCUUUAUCGUAUUAUUAUGUUUGAUGUCCUAGUGUUGUGCGUAGCGUUAGCAUGCUAGCAUGCCUUACUGCUUUAAGCUGCCAGUCUUUUAUCUCUCUCUUCCUUUCUCCUCUCUCUCUCUCUCUCUCUCUCUCUCUCUCUCUCUCUCUCUCUCUCUCUCUCUCUCUCUCUCUCUCUCUCUCUCUCUCUCUCUAUCACUGUCUCUCUUCAUUCUUUAGCUUGUGAAUGUUUACAGCGUCCUUCUCCUUUUUUAAAGUUUAGCCUCACCGCGGCUGAGCGCUCCUUUUCUAGUCUUUACAAAGGAUGAAAAAAGAAACAAAAAAGCUAAAACAAAUGAAGACACGACAGAAUGGCAACGUCUCAUUCUUCAGGAGAGCAGGAGAAGAGGGUUUAGGGUCAAGAAAAAAAACUUUACCACUGAAAGAAGAGUUCUAUUUUUAUUUUUCCUACUAGAGUAACUAGUGUAUGUAUUCCUCUGAUCCACGCCCCCUAGUGGCAACUGUGUCUCAUAGCCACUGUCAUCAUGUAGACGACUUCUUUGUUCACUCCACUGUUACAUUUUAUUCAUUUGGUUUGUUUAUUUUUACAUUUGACAGACUCUUCACAAAGCAUUUCCUUUCCGCCGUCACACCCCCUGCUGCGUCUUUGUAAGCGGGUUUUCGCUGGUGGCUUUGUGUGUGUGUGUGUGUGUGUGUGUGUGUGUGUGUGUGUGUGUGUGUGUGUGUGUGUGUGUGUGUGUUUGUGUGUGUGUGUGUGUGUGUGUGUGUGUGUGUGUGUG